AUGAUAAACCAAAUUUUUAAUGAAGAGAUGAGAACUAGCAAAAAGCUAAAGAUCAAGUUUCAAAAGAAGCCUGGAAUGAAGGACUCCCAGCUGAUUAUGCAACAUCUUGCGGAAAGCGUGGCCAGAGAAUCUCAGAAACUUGAACCAACUCCAAACCCAUUUUUACAGGAAUCCAAAUUACAAGAGCAAAUUUCUGAACGUCGAAGAUAAAGCUCGGUCCAUCAAAGUGAUUGGUUUCUCAACGAUCAUCCUCUGGCCCAAUCCAAUUAUUUUACUCCUGCAGAUAGAAUCACCUUUGGAUAAAGCAUUGACAAUAGAGAUAGAUCUUAUGAUCGAUUCUAAUCCAAUUGGUACGUGCCAUUCAUCUCUCUUAAAUCUUCUCUUGCAUCCAGUCAAUUGUUUUCGAUUCCAAACAAAGUAACCGAAUUGAUUGGCCAUUACCCUGAUUACUUAAAAAUCUUAUCCGAUGACAUCCAAAAUCAAAAGACAAAAAUCUGUGUCGAUUGCAACAGACUCAAAGAUCUCAUCUCAGAAGAAAUCGAUAAAAAACAAACUGAGUUGUUGAAUGCCCUAGAUUAGAUUCAAAUCAACUAUGAAUUCAAUUAUCAAACAUUGCAAGAAAUGGUCACCCAAUUCAAAUAAUCAUUUUUGUCAGUCCCAUCUGCGUUGAAUCGAUCAAUCCCUGUCAAUAUUUCUUCCAUAACCAUCUUUCAUUACGAUCAAGACGAAAACUACAAAAAAAUCAAGGAAGAGAAGUGUCUCAUCAAACAAAGGUUGUCCAACAUAGAUUCGGAACUGAUGAAACGAACCCUCAUCUUUAUGGCUGAAGACAUGGAUAAUCAAAUUACACACAAACCAGGCUAUCGACACACUGAAACCUUGCAAUUGAAAUAUGAUGAAUUUCAAAAGCAACUCAUCAGCUCUGUCUCAACCCAAUUGAAUGAGAUGAAUCUCGUCUUGGAAAUUGCUCCACAGUACAAUUAUGAGCAUCUAUUACUAUUGCCCAAGGUUGAAACUGUCAUCGCCAAUAAUCGCUAGAAUGCAAUUGGAGGUGAUAGAGACAUGCAGGAGUUGGAAAACUUAAAGACUCUCAUCCAGAACAAAUUGAAAUCCCAAAAAUUCAACAUGAACAUUAGUUUAGGGUUGGGAUAGAGCAUGAAAAACUUCGGAUUGAAGUUGGAGUACAAAUAUUAAUCGAAUAAUCCUUUAUUAAGUAUCUAAGCAAUAACCGAUAAUAUUAUCGCAGUUGGAAGCAGAAAUGGGUUAGUGUAGGUAUGGGAUCUGAAAAACAAGGAGUAAUGCUUCUCAUUCCAAAAUAAGCAACCUGUCACUUGCAUGAGGAUAUUCAAAGGAUUUCAGGGAGAUUUCAAUGUCACUUCGAGAGCCAAUGUGUUAGGAGUAGACUUAAAAGAAUAGCAAUAUCUCGUGACUGGCAAUCAAGACAUCAAGAUAUGGGAUAUCAAGACUGGAGGCAUGGUAAAACAAUUGAAAGGAUAGGGUAAUGUAAUUACAUCGAUGUUAUGUCUGUUGGAUAAUCAUACUCUAAUUAGUGGACAUGAGGAUGGUAAAGUAACAUUUUGGAAUGCCUAUUCUGGAAUGACAAUGAAGAAGUUGCAAGAUCAUAGUGACUCUGUGAAUGGCAUAAUAUUAACCAAAGACGGAAGAGUGAUCACAGGAGGUAGUGAUAAAAGUAUCAUUAUCUAUCAAAUACACUAUGUGAGAUCGCAGAUUUAUACGAGACAAGUGUUCGGAGAUGCCUUGAAAUAGUAGGUGUUUCACGAUGAGUGUCAAAUCUACUGCAUGCAAGCAUCAAUGAUCGAUGAAGCUCUAUUUGUGACUGGAGGUAGUGAUUGUAAAAUAAAGAUAUGGAACUUGAAGUCGCAGAAGGUUGAGAAAGAGAUCAUGGGUCACAAAUAACCUGUUGGAGAUUUCGUGAUGUUGGAGAACCCUUUGGAUGUUGACAAGGAGAAGAUGUUUGCCUUAGUUUCAGUGGCCACCAGUGAAGAUGUGCUACGUAUAUCAACAUCCAUAAGUCCACUGAAUAGUGGCGUGUAUUUAAAUGAGAAAAUAGUGAAUGAAUUCGGUGCCACUUGUGGACCUCUAUUGUAGUUAUUGCAGGAUGAGGAAGGGUUGAGACUCUUGGUUGUGAAUUAGGAUGAGGACAAUUAGAGUUUCAUGAUUUUAAAAUUAUAAUGA